AUGCUCGACGCAUCUUUUAUCAACAGUUCUUUGAAGAGCGCUUUGGGGAAUGGUGUUGAAGCCGUUAUUCUUUUGGAUGGAAAUGGCGUUCUGCUUUCUUCAGCAUCGCUGAAUCCGGAAUACGUCUGUCAGAAGGAACACUCUAUGAUUGUUGCCGCAACGGGAAACGUGUGGCGUGCAUGUGCUCGUAACGACUUGACGAAAAAUAAACUUACAAAUGAGAUGGAACCGGAGGCAUUGGAGCAGGUCCUGAUUGAUUUUGGCUGCAGGAAAAUCUGCGCCAUGUCUGUGGGGGGUUCGGCGAUACUUUGUAUGGUGGGCACGGAACUGGAGAUGGGGUUUCUCAAAUUAAGGACAGCGGCGUUGCAAAGGAGACUUGACGGGCAUCUACGUCCAGUUCUUUUUCUACCUAGCUGA